AUGAACGUUCUGGAGCAAUUCAAAGCGACGCCGCUGACGCUUAACAAACUACCAGCAUCGUUCGUAGAGACGAAUCUUUCCGAAAGUGGACAAGUGCCGUCGGACCACUUGCAGAGCACCACAAGGCAACCAUUCGGUUCGAGCAAUGUUUACAAAACAAGCAUUCUCCAUUACCGCGUCCUGGCCGAGGGUGACGACGUGAAGAGCGUGUACGAGGCCGCAAUCAAACUUCCACCGAACAUGGAAGAGGAAUAUUUUCCCGGUGAUGCUAUCGGAAUUCUUACGUACAACCUGGCGAGCGAGGUGGAUUAUGUGCUGGACCGUUUGCAUCUUCUCGAAUCGGCUGACCAAACGUACGAAGUGAAGCUGACAAAACCGAUAAAGAAGAAAAACCUGGAGUUACCACAUUACGUACCAAAGUACGUCACCCCUCGAAGACUUCUUUCGGAGUGUUUGGACAUUCGAAUUACACCACGGAAAGGGUUGCUUCAGGCAAUGGCUGUCUACACCGCAGAUGAAUGUGAAAAGCGUUUGCUGGAAAUUUUAGCCUCGAAGGAAGGUUCCAACCUCUACAAUGAGCUGAUUCUGAAGAAUGAGAUGAACUUCCUGCACGUGCUGAAAUACGUGGCUACCAGUAGGCCACCAUUAGCGUUACUGAUUGAACAUCUGCCCCGGCUUCAGGCUCGACCGUAUUCUAUCGCGAGUUACGGACGGGAGAACCACAUUCGUAUCGGCUUUGCUAUGCUGAACGAUGGCCAUGUUGGGAUCACGACGCACAUGCUCGAAAGCAAACUGCUGCAUCCGAACAAAUGGGACAAAUAUUUGUACAUAUACCUUCGCCAGUUGAAACCUGUCUUUAACUAUCGCGAGGACGAUCUCGAACGGAACAUUAUAAUGAUCGGCCCUGGUACUGGUGUUACCCCGUACAUUGGCUUCCUGGAGUAUCGUAAGCAGAUGAAGAGUUCUAAUCGAAAGAUUAAGAUGGGAUCUGCCUGGUUGCUAACGAGUUGCCGCUACCAGGACCGCAACUAUCUCUACGAAAGCGAACUGAAGAGUUUCAUGCAAGCGGGUGUGUUGGAUCGAUUACACGUAGCUUCGUCUCGCGAUGAGGAUAGUCAGUACAAGUAUGUGCAGGAUAUCAUCGAGGAUAGAAAGGAAGAAUUGGUAGAGCUGCUGCUCGAUGACAGCACCAAGUUGUUCCUCUGCGGGGAAGGCCGUACUAUGCUUCCCCGCAUUCAGGACACGAUAGUGACGUGUAUGAGUAAAGUGAAGUCCAUACCCAAAGCAGAAGCAGCCGACCUGCUGGCGGAGUAUAAGAAGACGGGGAGGUAUCUGUACUAUUCGAUGAUACGAUACUAA